AGUGAUACUUCUCUGGUUGGUCUCUCUCAGUUGUCGGUGAGGCCGGUGGGGCGGAUCCCAUAUUGCUAAUAUUACGAAAAAAAGCAACACAAUAUAUACUUAAACUUUAAUCCUCAAACGAAUAAUCUCCCCCUGUGGAUAUAAAAACAGAAUCGAAAAGAUGCCCUCAGCGACGAUUGGCAACAGGACUGUGCAGUCCUCAAGUCCGGAUGUGGGGUCCGCUCCCGGAUCGAUCGGCCAGAUCACCAUGACAAGCCAAUCGUCCGGAGCCCAAACUGAAGCUAUGAAGCAAGUGCUCGGUGUCAUUGACAAGAAGGUCCGCAACAUGGAGAAGAAAAAGGGCAAGCUGGAUGACUAUCAGGCAAAGAAAAACAAAGGAGAACGUCUCAACCAGGACCAGCUGGAUGCCUUGUCCAAGUUCCAGGAAGUUGCAAAUAAUUUGGAAUUUGCUCGAGAGCUGCAGAAGAGCUUCCUGGCUUUGGGUCAAGACAUCCAGAAGGCGGUGAAGAAGUCUGCUCGGCGGGAGCAGCUGCAGCGGGAGGAGGCGGAGCAGAGGCGGCUGAAGACCGUGCUGGAGCUGCAGUUCCUCCUGGACCGGCUGGGCGAGGACGGCGUGCGGCAGGAGCUGAAGCAGGCCGGCGAGGCCUCCGCCCUGCUCUCCGACACCGACCUGUCCGCCCUCGACGAAUUCUACAAGCUGGUGGGGCCCGAACCCGACCCCAACACCAGGCUGACGGAGCAGUUUGAGCAGGCCUCCCUGCAUUAUUGGGACCUUCUGGAAGGCAAGGACAAAGCCGUGGCUGGAACCACAUACAAAUCCCUAAAAGAGACACUGGAUAAGGUGUUGCAGAGUGGGUACUUUGAGCGAACCCACACGCACCAGAAUGGCGUGUGCCAGGAGGAGGAGGAGGAGGAGGAAGAAGAGGUGGAGGAGGAAGGAGGGAGACAGUCUGGGGUGGCAGAGUCUGAGCCUGAGGAACGACCCACAGAGCCAGAGGGUGAGGUACCUGAAGAUUACUUGGAGCCCAUUGAAGUGGAAGCUACAGAGUUUGUAAACAGACAGUUUAUCCCAGAGGCUUCCUACAGCAACAGCGACAAGGAGCAAGAUGAUGACUGGAGUGCACAGUCUGAGGUUGCCAGUGGUGUCCCCCAGCAGCAGCCCGCCCCCCUGCAGUCGGCUCCGCCCCCCGUCACCCCUGAGCCAAUGGAGCUGAAUUCUGUGACCCCUGUCCCCGCCCCCGUGCCCACCCCCGACCCCGUGGUGCGCAAGCAGGCGGUGCAGGACCUGAUGGAGCAGAUGCAGGGGCCCUACAACUUCAUGCAGGACUCCAUGCUCGAGUUUGACGGCCAGGCCCUAGAUCCGGCCAUCGUGUCGGCCCAGCCCAUGAAACCUGCUCCCAAUAUGGACCACGCGCAGAUGGUUUGCCCCCCAGGCCACGCAGAAUCCCGGCUGACGCAGCCCCCUCCAGUCCCCGUGCAGCCAGAGCCCACGCAGGUACCCCUGGUGUCCCCCACACCCGAGGCUUUCUCCACGACACCCCCGCUCUACCAGCCCUCACACGCAGCCGAACCCCGGCCCCCUUCAGAGCCGCUCGACCCCAUCCAGGCCUCCAUGGCCCUGUCGUCAGAGCAGCCCCCCUCCUCCUCCCAGCCCCCUGCGUUCCAGCCCGUCUCCAAACCCCUGCACAGCAGCGGCAUUAACGUCAACGCUGCGCCCUUCCAGUCCAUGCAGACGGUGUUCAAUCUGAAUGCGCCCGUACCCCCGGCCAAUGAGGCGGACUCUCUGAAGCAGCCCGGCCAAUACCAGAGCAACUACGGCCAGGGCUUCAGCGGGCAGACGCAGCACGCCGUGGAGCAGCCCGACAUGCAGCCGGAGCAGCUGCAGGCUGUUGUUGGUGCCUUCCACACCCAGGACCAAACCAUUCCGGCCAGCGGGGGUCACCAGGCGGUCUCCCCGCAGCCCCAGCAGCAGGGCACGGCGUUCGGCCGGCCGGGGCAGUCCUUCUACAACAGCAGGGCGGUGUCCCGGGGCGGGCCCAGGAAUGCGCGCGGCAUGAUCAACGGCUACCGCGGCGCCUCUAAUGGCUUCAGAGGUGGAUAUGAUGGAUACCGGCCGCCGUUUCCCAACACUCCGAACAGUGGCUACGGACAAGCCCAAUUCAACACCCCUCGUGACUAUUCCGGCAGCAGCUACCAGCGGGACGGGUACCAACAGAACUACAAGCGUGGAGCCGGCCAGGGGCCUCGAGGGUGCUCCCGAGGCAACGCUCAAGCCAUGCGCUCGUAAAAGGUGUACGGAUGGACGGACAGACUGACAGCCUAGGCCACGGUGAACAUUCAAACCGGAGAAUGCAAAUGCCCCAGCCCACACUUUUUUUAACCACUUUUAUUUUUUUUUUCUAUCUCUCAUCAGUGGUAUUUCCCCAGCAUUUUGAUUGGAGUAAGCCUGCUUUGAGCUAUUAAAAAAAGGAAAAAAAAUACCAACGUAACAGUUUUAGUGAGUCUAAUCACACGCCAAGCUGAAAUCAUCAGCGUCAGGAUUUGAAGCAAGCUUGUGUUUGGAAAACAAAUAGCUAUUCCUGUAAACUUGAAAGAAUUUUCAUUAAUUUAUUUUUUGUAUAAAAUAAAACGCAAAAAAAAAAAACUGCCACUGCUGGUCCAAUCCUUGGGAGUUUUUUCUUUUUAGUUUCACAGCCCCUGCCCUCCCCUUUUUUUUUUUUUUCUUUUUUAUUCAUUUGGUUUCUAAAAGCUUUUGAGCUUUACCUUCUGAAAGAAACUCCCACCAGUUCCUCAGUUUGUAUAUGGAUGUUGCUUCUUGAGUGAGUUUCAAUAAAGUUGUGUUGCAUUAA